AGGAUUUGGAAGAUCCCUUGCACCAAGCCGAAGGUCAGCUCUUGGGCACGACCUUACAGUUGGUUUCCAUCUCCCUUUUGGGUUUUUUCAUCUCAGUGGUGGCGGUGCCGCUACUUCGUUUGACGGUGGGAUCGAGCAUGGGCGCCUGGUGCGGACAUUUUCGAGGAGUCUUGCGGGAAUGGCGAAAGAGAUGGCGGGAUGAGGCUACAGAGGAGGAAGGUGCUGCAGACUUAGAGGCGGCAACGCCGAUGUCGCAGCUGUCGCGCCGCGUGUCCAACGCGUCCUUCGGCAUCGGCUCCGGCGCCGUGUCCCGCGCCACGUCGAACGCCUCGCGCGGCUCGUCGCGGCCACGGCGGAACUCCACCGAGGGGUCGCUCGCCACGCGGCGAACCUCCAGGGCAUCCCUGGGCUCAGUUGAGUCCCUAUCAUCCAAUAGCCGGAAGCGUUGGUGGAAGCGUCUUCAAAUGAAGCUCUUUCCCACGAAGCGCAAGCGUCGAAGAAGAGCUUCGCGCCUUGAGGAUACCGCGUACGACUUGUCCAAAUUCGAGGAUGCCAAUCUUCGGGCCAUGGCAGCCACCAUGGAGCCCAUGUCAACCUUUAGCCCGAUGCAGGUGCGCAAUCUGCACGUGGCUCAUUUGCCGUCUGCGGUGACUGCCGCGCCACCCACGCAGCUGGCGCCGUACCUUCCAGGCACUCCAUCAGGUAUCUACUCUGAGCCCAUGUCUGAGAUGGACUAUGGUCGCAGCCGGCCACUGAGCAGAGAAUCCAAUGGAAGAUUGGAAAAUGAGCGAUAUGAGAGAUAGAUGUUCCUGCACCAAGCAGGGCAGCUAGGCAACCGCGUUACUUGGCAAGGUACCAUCAUCUGAC